AGGAACACAAACAAAAACUCGGAUAGAUCAAACCUUAGACGAUGUCUGAUCCCAGAAAAAUAAUGAGAAGAUACCAAAAUCUAAUGGUAGGAGAAGCUCUCUCGAAUAAUCAUCAUUACCCAGUUGCUUGCAAUGAACUGAGCUCCAUUUUAAAUCUGGGUUACUCUCAAUUACCCAAAAAUCUCAAAGCUUUGAUCUUUCGAGAUACUCUCUCCGCUUUUCGCCUUCUUCCUGACAUGAAGACAUCAGCUGCUGUUUCAGCUGCUAACCUUCUCCUGAAGAGCGUGGAAGCCGUGCUCCCCAAACAGAAGAAGAACUUAGCCAUUGUAGAAUUCAAGAAGACAAAAGUAGCACUGAAGAGACGCAGUAAAAGCCACGAGGAAGAUAUAGAUUUACCUUCACUUCCACAAGAUAUUCUUAUUCACAUCUUCAGCUUCCUCGAUGUAUCGUCCUUACUUUCCUCAUCUCAAGUGUCUCGCUCAUGGAACCAAGCAACGUGUGAAGACUCUCUGUGGCGAUUACAAUAUGACAUUCACUUCAAUCACAAAGCCUUGAUUCGUAUUCAGUCUGGUGUUAGCUGGAGAGAAGCCUUUAAGAACGCAUAUAUCGGGGAUAAUUCAUCAAAGGAUUUAAGAUCUGGUCGGGGAUACUGUUGUUACUGUGACUCCGUUGUUUGGCACGAAAACUUGAGAUGUCCGAACAAACAAUGUCGGUUGAAAUCAGACAACGAGCCACUCGAACUCAUGUCAACUCGCCAGGUUGCUAACUUUUUACUGGGGACAAUGAGUUCGUCUGAUGAUGAAAGUGAUCCAGACGAUGAAGCCUCUCGUGGCCUAUGGGCUUUUACGCUAUACUAGUUUUGUAGCUUUACCAAAACAUUUUACUAUCUGUGUAUAUCUAUAAACUUUGUUACUCACUCAUAUGCACAUUCAUAUUCAUAGUUAGGUACAUAUUUCAAAUUCAAUACAAAGAAAAGUAAACAUCUCUUACUAGGCUUGCGAGUCCUUCAUUAGCCUUGUUGGGUUGAUGGGCCUAAA